CUAAUAGAAAUAAAUCAAGUAAAACAGGUAAAACAUAUCUAAUGCGAAUAAAAUCAAAUUUGAAAAAAACUAAAAAAACUACAACUACUAUAAGUAAAAGAAAAAGAAGUCCAAGAUCAACAACAACAACGGCAACAAGUAAAAAUCAAAAAACAACAACAACAACAACAAAAAAUCAAUCAAUAAAGAAAAAAACACCAUCAUCACCACCAAAAUCAAUAACAACAGCAACAGCAUUAUCGGCAACAACAACUGAUAAUAUACAAACAGAAAUACAAUCACCAGAAAUAACAGAUAUUCCAACAAAACAAUCACAACAAUUAUCACCAUCAUCAUCAACAGCAACAACAGCAGUGACCAAUAAAGAAAUGUUAACAAAUAAAACAGGACAACAAGAAACAAAUGAUGACAAUAAAACAAUAACAAUUGGUGAACAAACACAAGAAAAUGUACUAACAGCAGCAGCUGAACCAUUAGCGGAAAAAGAACCAGGUUCAAUAACAGCAAGAUCAGUAACAACAUUGGCAGGUGGUACAAUAAUGACAAAAGGAAUGAUGAAUUCAAAUAAAUCGAAAAAAACUAAAUCACCAUUAUCAAAACGAUUACAAUCACCAUUAUCGAAAAGAUCACCAGCAAAACUAUCGCAAUCAAAACGAUCACCAUCGAAACGAUCACCAUCAAAAUUAUCGCAAUCAAGACGUUCACCAUCGAAAAGAUCACCAUCAAAACUUUCAACUUCACGGCGAUCACCAUCAAAACGAUCACCAUCAAAACUAUCAACUUCACGACGAUCACCAUCUAAACGAUCACCAUCAAAACGAUCACCAUCAAAAAGUUCACCAUCCAAACGAAUGAAAACACCUAAAAGUAAUCGUACAACAACAAAAAGAUUUUCAAUUGUAACAAAAACACCAAGUCCAACAACAAUAUCCAAAUUAAGAAUGGAUACUGAAAAAAGUGGUGGUGGUCGUACUGGUGAUGUUAAUGAAAAAACCGGUGCUGGUGGAACAUAUCAAACAUUAUUACAAACAAGAUCACAUAUGAAAAAUGUUGAUGAUAAUGGUGGUGGUAUUGGUGGUCCAAUAACA